AUGAAGAUCACCUCAGCUGUAGUCGCUUUGCUCUUCACGCUAGUGUCAGCGUUGCCAGCAGAGUCGGCGACGGCUCUGAGCGAACGCGCACCCGAUGUCGCUAAAGCAGUCGGUCCGCCACAAUGGGGUAACAAAGUUGGCAACACGCGCUGUUACCUGCGUGCCGAUCUCGACAAGACGAGUCAGCCUGCCCUAUUCGAUUUUGCUAUCGACUGGAACUAUGACCGCCAAUUCUACGAAGAUAUCUUCAGUCAGCUUUUGCCCUAUGGAAACCUUUCCCCGUAUCUGACGGCUCUCGCAGUCUACACAGAUUCGUGGGGUCAAUUCCCGGCAGUCAAAGAGCUCAUUACUGGUCCUCGUCACUUUGCCAAAUUCGAUGGUAUGCAAGUGCGCUGCUACAGAGUUGACAGCAUUGACGAUUUGGUAGUGUCGCAUUCGAACAAGUAUGGCACAUGGCGCUGGGUUAUUGCUGCCAUCUACUAUACAGACCACGGUCAGCUAACGUUCGACGUCGACUUCGAGAAGACGGAGGUCUACGGCUCGCAGUAA